AUCAAUAACCAAUAAAAUCUGACUUUCUGUCACUGUCGGUAAAUUUCCCCAGUUAGUUGUGUGUUUUCUCCUCACCGUCAGGAUGAAGGUGUGUGUCCUCCUGAUGUGUGUGUGUUGUCUCUGUUGGAAGACGAAGGCUGAUUCCAGAUCGUAUCUGAUUACUGCUCCUCUCUCACUGCGGCUGGAUGCUGUUGAGACGGUGCUGCUGCAGUUGUUUGGUUUUACAGAUGAGGUGACGGCCUACGUGUACUUGAAGACCUCCAUGGCUCCGGAUCAUGUGGUUCUGGCCCAGGAAGUCGUGACGCUCAACAACCGGAACCACCACCAGGCCGCCGCCAAAGUCCGGCUGUUCCCAGGUCAGCUGGAUAAGAGUGUGAAUCACGUGAUUCUCCACGUCCAAUCGACAGAGUUCAACCAGCACCUGUCAGUCCCGGUCAUCCGCUCCAACGGUUUCCUGUUCAUCCAGACCGACAAACCGCUGUACACCCCACAUCAGAGUGUCAAAGUGCGGGCCUUUUCUCUAAACCAGGAGCUGAGACCAGCCAAUCGCAGUGUUUUCCUGACCUUCAAAGACCCGGACCACACAACAGUGGACAUUGUAGAGAUGAUUGAUGUCAACAAUGGAAUCCCGUCCAUGCAGAACCCCUUCAAGAUCCCCAUUAAACCAAAGUUGGGGAUUUGGACCAUUGAAGCCUCCUACUCUGAUGAUUACACCACAACAGCGAGAACAGACUUUGAAGUUAAAGAAUACGUUCUUCCCAGCUUUUCCAUCCUGGUGGAACCAGAAACAAACUUCAUCAGCUACGGACAGUUCAAGCGCUUCCACUUCAAGGUCUCUGCCAGGUAUCUUCACGGCGCUCCGGUCGCCGACGGUGAGGUGUUCCUGCGCUACGGCUACGUCAGCGGGAAGAAUCCUCCGGUCCUCAUCCCCAGUUCUGUUACCAGAGACAGAUUGUCCUCGACAGGUGAAGUGGGCGUGACAUUGAACAUGGAGAAGGUCCUGUCCCAACAUGACGGACCAAAAGACCUCGACAGUCUGGUGGGGAAGUACCUAUACAUCGCUGUACUGCUGCAGGAGGACACAGGUGGUAUGACUCAGGAGGCCGAGUUUGCUGCAGUGAAGUUUGUCAAAUCACCUUACAGCCUGAGUCUGGUGUCCACGCCCCCCUUCAUCAAACCUGGACUUCCUUAUAACAUCCAGGUGGUGGUGAAGGAUCAUCUGGACAAACCGGUGAAGCGGCUUGAGGUUCGUCUGUUGGAGCGACAGCUGUUCAGACAGGGCAGGGAGACUGAGACACUGCCCUGUCCUGACAGCUCCAUCAGCCAAUCAGAUGGCAUCGCUGUCUUCAUCUGCAACACGCCGAGUGAGGCAGUCAAGGCGGUGCUGAAGUUUGAGACGGUGGACCCCACCCUCCCAGCAGCCAGUCAGGCCAGUCUGAGUCUGACGGCGGUGGCCUAUCACUCCCCAAACCAGCGUUACCUGUACAUCGACCCCCCGCUGCCCGGCCGCGGCCUCGAGGUGGGACAAUUCGCCAACAUCAAGGUGUACUCGGCCACGCCCUCCUACGUGCCUGUCAGAGCCAUCAGCUUCCUGGUGCUGUCCAAAGGGAAGGUGGUGGAUUUCGGCAGCCAGAAGUUCAUCUCGAGCGCCGAUAACAGACAGACGCUGAGGUUUGAGGUGACGACAGCCAUGGUCCCAUCUGUGAGACUGCUGGUCUACUACAUCCUGUUUGGAGAGGGGACGUCCGAGCUGGUGGCCGACUCCAUCUGGCUGGACGUCAGUGACAAGUGUGUCAAUGGACUCCAGACUGAUCUGUCAUAUCGUAGUCGCGACUACAAACCGAAGGAAAGCCUCCGGCUGGACAUCCGGACCAAUCAGGACGGUCUGGUUGCUCUUUCUGCUGUGGACUCUGCCCUCUUCACACUACGGCCCAACUACAGAGAUCCUGUUUCCAUGGUUCUGCGUCACAUCGAGCAAAGUGACCUGGGCUGUGGGGGAGGCGGCGGCAGAGACAGUGCAGACGUCUUCCGAUUGGCUGGCCUCACCUUCUUCACCAACGCCAACGCCCAACCAUCAACCAACAACGAAGCGUGCACGGCGGCAGUGCGUCCAAAGCGAGCUCUGACUGAUGAGGACAAGACAAAGAAAGCUCAGAGUUACGGUAACCUGAAGACGUGCUGUGAGGAGGGCAUGAAGUACAUCCCAAAGAGUGUGACCUGCCUUCAGUUUGCCAAGCAGAGGAUCCGUAAACACGCUGGGUGCAGGCAGGCGUUCGCUGAAUGCUGUGAGUUUGCCCAGCAGCACUUGGACCAGGACCAGAACCUCAUCCUGGGACGCCACGAGUUGGGUGCGGACUUCGACCUGGUCCCGUCUCUGGUGCGAAGCUACUUUCCAGAGAGCUGGAUGUGGGAGGUGCAGCGCGUCAGUCCAGGCCUGAGGUCCGUCAUCAGGAAGCUGCCAGACUCUCUCACCACCUGGCAGGUCAGAGCAGUCGGCAUGUUCAAGAACGGUAUCUGUGUGGCGGAGCCGGUUCAGGUGUCGGUCCAUCUGCCGCUCAGUGUGGACGUCCCGCUGCCUUAUCAGGUGGUCAGAGGAGAACAGCUGGAGCUGAAAGGCUCCGUGUACAACCAGCAGGCCGACGGCAUCAUGUACUGCGUCACGCUGACUGUCGGCCCGGCACUCUGCCUCCUGCAGUCCCAGCCGGAUGCUGGGGGGGGGGGGCUGCACUCCACCACCUGCAGUUGGAGCCCCCUGUCUGCAGGGGGAGUCGGAAAGGUGAGCUUCACCGUGCUGGGCCUGGAGCCUGGAGAACACACCCUGACCUUUACCCUGAAGACACGCGAAGGACGAAAAGACAUCCUGGAGAAGAAGCUACGAGUGGUGCCUGAAGGAGUGAGGAAGGAGCAGCUCUCUGGAGGAAGACUGGACCCACAGGGACUCUACGGUUCAGAGAAGACAACAGUGGAGCUGAAGAACAGGCUGCCAGCCAACAUCGUCCCCAACACAGCCGUGGACAGAAUGCUGACUAUCAACGGUGAGGUUCUGGGUGACGUCCUGUCGGUGGUGCACAGCCCCGAAGGCCUGCAACAGCUUGUCAACCUGCCGCCCGGGUCAGCAGAGGCGGAGCUCGGUGGACUCCUCACCCUGGUCCAGGUGUAUCAUUACCUGGAGACGACGAGGCACUGGGACCUCCUGGGAGAGGACAUCAUGAAGAACGCGGCAAAUCUGAGACAGAAGAUCAAAGAGGGUCUGGUUGGUAUCAGUUCAUUCAAAGGUGGAGACUCGAGCUACAGCAUGUGGAGGAAGAGAGAAUCCAGCACCUGGAUGACGGCUCUCGUGGUGAAGACCCUGUCUCUGGCGGAUCCAGUGGUGUCCGUGGACCAUCAGUCUCUGUCGGACUCUGUGGCCUGGCUGAUCCGAAGAGCUCAGCAGCAGGACGGAUCCUUCAGGGACAAAUCCUCCUUCAGACCCAACAAAGUCAUGGCUGCGGGGAAGGACGCGAUCGAGCAAUCGGUGUAUCUGACGUCCUUCGUGUUGAUCUCGUUGUACAGAGCGACGAGCAUCAAAGAUCCGAUCCUGCAGCUCCGAUUCCACGAUGACAGCAUGAAAUCUGCAGCUAACUACAUUUCCCAGCAUGCCUUGGAUGUGAAGAGUGUGUAUGUGCGUGCGGUGGCGACCUACGCCCUGACCCUGCACGACCCCAACAGCAUGACUGCCUCCAUGCUGCUCAGCAGCCUGGAGAACCUGGCUCGACAGAAAGGUCACCCGGCUGUACUCAGGUACUGGCAGGAGUCCAGUGUGACAGCUGAUUGGCUGAAACCUGACCAAUCCAGCGGUCUGACAGUGGAGACGACAGCAUACGUGCUGCUGACUGUACUGCUGAAGGGGAGAAUCCAUUACGCCAACCCCAUCCUGUCCUGGCUGACCCAGGAUCAGCACUACGGAGAAGGGUUCUAUUCUAUACAGGACACAGUCUUGACUCUGGAGGCAUUGACAGAGUACAGCAGAGUCGUCCCCCGAGCUGUCCUUAGUCAGGACAUCAACGUCCGCUACAACAGGAAGGGACUACUGCGACGAGUGCAGCUGAGCCAGAGCCGACCUGUGGCCACACCCAUCCAGGUGACAAAGGACGAUGACAUCAUUGUGUCCACGGGAUAUGGGCGGGGUGUGUCCAACAUCAAGUUGAGGACAGUUUACUAUGAGACCACAGCGUCCGCGGAGACGUGUCACUUUGACCUCACAGUAGAGGUGGCGGGCCCCAGCACCUCCAGCAAUCCCAGUAUGCGUGCGCCUCACCUGGUCGCCUGUGCAAAGUAUAAACCUCCUCCUAACGAGGUGGUGACAGAGUCCAGUCUCACAGUGAUGAAGAUCCAGCUGCCGACAGGUGUGGAGCCUCAGCUGGAGGACCUGAGACAGUUCAGAGACACAGAUGAGCCAAUCAUCUCCGACUAUUCACGCCAAGGAAACACUGUGGUCAUUCAGAUGGAAGCUGUUCCCUCAGAGGUCUUCCUGUGCGUUGGUUUUCGGAUCAGGACCGCGUUCAGGGUGAGCGGGGUCAGCGAGUCGGUGUUGAGCGUCUACGAGCCUCAGGACAAAGGCAGCAUGUGCACCAAACGGUUCUCCUACCAGGAGCAGAAGCUGCAGCACCUCUGUGUGGCUGAACAGUGUCAGUGCAUGACAGCUGCGUGUGCUGCCUACAGAGGAAACAUCGACGUGAGUCUGACAGCAGCCAAACGUAUGGACGAGACCUGCCAGCCCAACAUCAAAUAUGCCUACAAGGUGACGGUCAAGUCCUCAGCAGCAGAGGGAGACUUUAUGACCUACACAGCCACCGUAGUUGAAGUCCUGAAGAACACAGAUCAAGAGUUUGAGGCGGUGAGUUCAGGUACGGAGGUGGACCUGAUGAAAAAGGUCACCUGCAAUGCUGUUGACAUCCAGAACAACAAGCAGUACCUGGUGAUUGGAGCCAGCGGGUCAGAGGUCACCCAUGGCAACGGCUUCAAAUAUCGUCUUCCUCUGGACUCGGAGGCGGUGGUGGAGCUGUGGCCGACGGACUGUAGUUCUCCCGAGUGUUCGGACUACAUUUCCCAGCUGGACGAAUUUGCUCUGGACCUGCAGUUGGUCAGCUGCCCUGACUCCUCAUAAGCAGAUUUGCGCAGCACGUUUUAAUUUAAUACUGAGGGAGUUCACAAGGAGCCGAGAGGAAUAAACUGUUUUGUCUCACCAGAAAGUCUCAUCAGCUCAGGACAUGUUGUUAGCUCACAGGUUAAAGUUAAUGAUUUUGUUUCUCCUGUCAUUGUCAAGUGUCAUUUUAUGAUCUAGCAGUAAAGCUAAAACAAAUUCA